UGCAAAAAAUGAGCAAUCCAAGAAAAUUUAACCCUGUUUCCAAAGAGUGGCAAGAAGACACUUGUAACGAACUUGGAAUUUCUUUAAUUGAAAGAGCUGAUCAUAUUCAUGAACCAAACUCUUAUUUAGGAGAACCGUCUACUUGUAUUAGAAUCAAAGGUGAUGGAAAUUGUUUGUUCAGAAGUCUUGCAUUUUCUGUCAGUGGAAAUGAAGAACUUCACAUGUAUUUCAGGACCUUGCUCACAUCAUUUAUUUCAAGGAGUAAAGAUCCUAUUGUACGUGAUGAGACUCCUGAUUGUUAUUUAAAACGAACUCGGAUGAGGGAAAAUCAUGUGUGGGGGACUGAUAUAGAACUAUAUUUUGCGGCAAUGUUUUUGAAUUGUUCAAUUUUUGUUUUUUCAAAGCAUGGAAAAGGAUAUGACUGGUUAGAAUUUAAACCCUCAAAUAGCAAAAGCACAGAUUUUGCAAUUUAUCUGCACCAUAAGAAUGGUGAUCACUAUGAUGUCGUUACAUCUGUUACAAAUUCCAGACUUGAAAUUGAUUUACCAGUAUGUGAAGAUGAAAAUAAAACCAAGCCCUUUAUUCUUGUUGAUAUCGAUAAACAAAAUGAAAAGGAGGAGACACACUUCAAUAUUUCCAUGUCAAAUCUUUCUGAUAUAUUGCAAAGCAUGAGUUUUGAAGAAAGUGAUGCAAAUGGAUCAAUUGAAAGCUAUAAGAGUCAUGUGAAAGAAAAGCCAGAUUUACAAAGUGGACAAAAAGAGGACCCUUUUGAAUUUGAAAAUGAGGAUAUGUUGGAUUAUAAGAGGGAGCCUUUUUUACAACUAACAUCAACACCAAAAAAAAUUAAGUCUCAUUUAGACUGGAAACAAGUUUCGCCGAAAUUUAAGGAUGAAAUAAACAGAAGUCACUCAGAGGAAAGGCUGAAUAUUAGUAAUAUCAGCAUAUUCAAUUCAAGUUUUGAGGAAAAUGUUAAGAAAAGAAAGCCAAAAUCAAGCAAGAAAAAGCAUAGUUCUAUCCUUUUAACAAAAGCAUUAAAAGACAUUUCGUCAUCUAUAGAGAAAAGAAAAAAAUGCCAACAGUUUUGUUUGAAACAUGUCACUUCCGAAAUGAUGAAAUGUAUGAGAUAUAGGUUUUGGACAAAAAGUUAUGACCAACGAGUUGAGUGGUUUAUAGACAAAGUAAAAGAAUCUAAAUGCCAAAGAGGAAAGGCUACAUUUACAAUCGAUGGUGGCCACAAUGUGUGCUCUUCUUGCUUCCAAUUGCUGCUGAAGAUCAACAAAAAUUUCUACUACAAGUAUUUCAAAAAAGCUACAGAAGGAAAAUCAGCAGCUAGCUAUAGAAAUACUAGGGGAUUUGGAGAGGCAAGAGAAGGGGCCAUUUUGUGGUUGCAAAAUUAUGAGUACUUCCAUGCAGACAGAAUGCCUGAUAAUGGUGAUAUGAUGUUGCCAUUCAAAACAAGAAAGAUCGAUCUUUAUGAUCUAUAUGUUGAUGAAAAAAUUCAGCAACUGACAAUAUCUAUUAAAUUUGCAUAUACUGUCAGCAGGUCGGCAUUUUAUGAAGUUUGGAAAACAGAAUUUCCAAAAUUGAAGAUAAAACAGACAAAUUCAUUUUCGAGAUGUAGCACGUGUGUGCACAUUGACCGAGAGCUAGAAAAAACACGGGAUCCUGUUAAAAGAGAAAAGCUUAAAGAAAUGAUGUCUGUCCACAAUCAAAGGCAAAUGAAAGAAAGAAGAUACUACUACAAGAAAAGAGAAUUGGCUAGGCGCAAUCCUAGUCAAUUUCUAAGUAUCAUCAUUGAUGGCAUGGACCAGAGUAAAACUAACUUGCCACAUUUCACAGGAAGACUUAUGAAGGGUGUUGACCCAAACAGUUUUCUGAAGACUCAUAUUCAAGGAGUAUUGAAUCAUGGCCUGGAAUCACUAGAUUUGUAUGUUGACAUAAAUGAAUAUAUGCAUGAUGCAAAUCUAGUGAUGAAUAUCAUAUUGAAAAGCUCUUACAAGGCCUUAUUAAAAACUGGUUUUCUACAAAGCACACUUUACAUUCAAGCUGACAAUUGUGCCAGAGAAAAUAAGAAUAAAUAUGUCCUUGGCUUCUGUGAGCUACUUGUAACUUUGGAUAUAUUCAAAGAAGUUCAUUUAUCGUUUCUUCAUGUAGGUCACACCCAUGAAGACAUCGAUGCUGCAUUUUCACAGUUAUCAACGAAGCUUAGAAAAUCGGAUGCGGAGACAAUGCCAAAACUUCUUGCACUUUUGAAUGGAGCCAAACAAUUAAGAGGGCUAUUCGACCUUAAAACAUGGCUUGAACCAUGUUUGAAUCAGAUCAAAAAACAUUCCAAACCGCUGCAUUUUAAGUUUAGCAGAGACACAUCAAAGAAAGUUGUUAUGCACUACCGGCCCAACAGCAGUCGACCAUGGUCUCCAACAGAAGAAACUAUGCUUCAUACAGUCCCUCCUGGCAAACCAAAACCCCUCGUACCUCCAAGCUUCCAUAAAAUCGACAUAGAGGCCAUAAGAAGGAAUGUAGAGAAGCAACAAUACCAUAUGUCUGGAGGUAGUGAGUACAUGUGGUGGCAGCAAUACUUGGAGUACUUGCAACUAGUAAAAACUAAUGAAGAUGUAAUGUCAGAUUAUGCAAAAAAAGAAGCAGACUGGUUAUUACCAAAAUUAAUGGACAAACAGCAGAAAAAACAAAGCUCUAGUGAUGAAAUUGAAAGUCAUUUACAUGAACUGCUAGACAGAGAACUUGACGACCAUAAGAUAAUCCUUUCAAAAGCAAAACCUAAGAAGAAAGGAAAGAAAAACCAAGCAAGGAGAUAGAAAAAAUAUUGGCAAGGAAAAUGAUUCGUCGAACAGUUUCAUUAGCCUAUAUUUGCAUUGAAACAUGGAAGCUUUUUCUGACUGCAUUGACAAACAUUAAUUUAAAUGAAAUUUUGACGAAGAUUACAUAUACAAAUUGUCACAAGCAUGCACAUCAUUAUUGAAAUGUUCAUUUUUGUUAUAUUGUGUUUAUCAGUAUUCAGGGAUGAUAGAGGAAUGUUCCCCUAUGUAUAAUUUGUAACAAAGAUAUUGAAAUGUUCAUUUUUGUUAUAUUGUGUUUAUCAGUAUUCAGGGAUGAUAGAGGAAUCCCCUAUAUAUAAUUUGUAACAAAGAUAUUGAAAUGUUCAUUUUUGUUAUAUUGUGUUUAUCAGUAUUCAGGGAUGAUAGAGGAAUGUUCCCCUAUGUAUAAUUUGUAACAAAGAUAUUGAAAUGUUCAUUUUUGUUAUAUUGUGUUUAUCAGUAUUCAGGUAUGAUAGAGGAAUGUUCCCCUAUGUAUAAUUUGUAACAAAGAUAUUGAAAUGUUCAUUUUUGUUAUAUUGUGUUUAUCAGUAUUCAGGUAUGAUAGAGGAAUGUUCCCCUAUGUAUAAUUUGUAACAAAGAUAUUGAAAUGUU